AGGGGGAAGGUAAAUCUAUGCGAGACAAGAAGCGUGGCCGGAAUGACUGCGUUCGCCUCAGAGCAACACGACACGACAGUCCAAGACCUAAACCCCUCGGGGUUUCUCUUCUCCAUACACAGAGGUUACUGUGAUGACCCAGCGGAUAUCUAUCGAUCACCACUCUGCUGUUCUGUGGUGCGCAAUUGGAAGGAAGAACGAGACGGAAGGGGAGGGUCGGCGUUUCGAGUCCGCCGGUUGCUUGAAAUUUCAAUGCGAUGGCCGGAAAGCGCAGGGAUGUAGGAUAUUCUCGGACUCCACCGAAUCAUAAAAGGUCCAAGUUUUCAAAGUCUGAUGGGACGCGACCAGCACCUGCACAUUCUGAGUGGGCGCAGAGGAGCUCAAAUGACAAGCUUUCACGUCAUCCCAACAAGAAUCGUGGCUCCCGAUUUAAACAAGGAGCGAAGAUUGUUGAAAAGGUUGUAAAGAAGGAGGAGGUAAAGGAAGAGGAAGAGGAGGAGGUUUUGAACUUUUCGGGAGACGAGACAACAGCUUACAAUGUUCUCUUGACUUCUUUGCACGCCAAAGGCGGCUCAUUUGCAGAUGCCUAUGCGCGGAGACAGAGAGAAGAGCAGGGCGCGAGCAGUUCUGACGAGGAUGAUCUCGGUGAACCAGAAGAAGAGGAUGAAACUGCCGUUGAUGCCAGUGAAGAUGAUGGUGCUUCUAUCGAGCUACCCCUUGAAGAGCUUGAGGGUGCUGAAGAUGACGACGAUGAGUCGAUAGAAGAUGAUGGAAACGAUGAUGAAGACGGGAGUGACGACAAGACUGAUGAGAAAGCAGAUACUGUCGUGCAGAGUGAGGAUGAGUCAGAGGACGAAAGUGAUGAUGAGACUGAUGCACGGGCUGCUAGUGUCGGUCAGGCCGGUACAUGUCAAGACCCCUUCAAGAAGCAUUUGGAGCGCGGGCUCCUUGAUGACGAGAUUGCAAAAUUAUCGAAAGGUGGAGAGAAGUUCUAUACAAAGUUUCCUGCAGCAGGUAUUGACGGAGGUAGCUGGGUAUCUACUGCACCUUCAGCACCAUCUCAGGAAAAACUUCUUGCAAGUUGUUCGGUAAAGAAACGCUUGGAGACCUCCUGGCGGGAGUCUCAUAAGGAAUGUACGUGGGGCGAUUUUGAAACUGAACAGCAGUGCCAAUUCUUCUCACUGUGUAAUAGCUAUCAGGACAUCUUGCACACAAGAAGGCUGGUGAAUAAAGGGGAUGGUGUAGUGAAUCAUGAAGACGUCACUACCAUGGAUGCUUACAUAUUGCAUAUUCUCAACCACUUGACGAAAUCCAGGGAUUUGAUUCAAAAGAACAAUGAGAAGCUUCAUCAUACAUCGUCAGGUGGUUUGUCAUCGCAGUCUGUCGUGGAUCCUCCACGGGACCAAGGAUUUACCAGACCUAAGGUUCUGGUUUUGCUGCCAUUUCGCAGCUCAGCCUUGAAGUUUGUGGAUCGGUUACUGAAUAUGGUUCCAGCGUUACAGAAGGCCAAUGUGGAACACAAAGAUCGUUUCUAUGAUGAUUUUGGUGCUUUGAACGAAGAAGACGCUGAAGCAUUAGGUGUUCCCAACAAGAAAGAUCCAAAAGCUGGAAAACCUGCGGACUUUAGGGCCCUCUUCAGCGGAAACAACGAUGAUCAUUUCCGCAUUGGACUGAAAUUUACAAGGAAAGGCAUCAAGCUAUAUAGUGAGUUUUAUUCUUCUGACGUAAUUAUAGCGUCUCCUGUUGGGCUUGUUACGAGAAUUGGAGAGGCAGAGUCUGAGAAGGCGAAGGAGAUUGACUUUUUGUCAUCCAUAGAGAUUGCAGUCGUCGAUUUUGCGGACAUCAUAUUAAUGCAGAACUGGGCACAUGUGGCGACUGUGUUUGAGCAUCUCAAUAAAAUACCAGCACAACAGCAUGGAACAGAUUUCAUGAGGAUCCGAGAGUGGUUCUUGAAUGGCCAUGGUCGUCACUACCGUCAAUCGAUAAUUCUCAGCGCUUUCUCAGAUGCAGGUGUGAACGCACUUUUCCACCGCACUUGUGUCAACCAUGCCGGAAAGUUGAAAGUUCGCUGUCAGUAUGAAGGUGUGCUAAGCCGUAUAGUUCUCCAAGUGCGCCAAGUUUAUGAAAAGAUGGACUGUACUUCGAUCGCAAAUGUGGACGACUUGCGAUUUGAAUUUUUUACCACACAGGUGUUUCCCCGGAUUAAGAACUCUAUACAGGGGGGAACCUUACUUUUUGUGCCGUCGUACUUCGACUUCGUGCGAUUAAGGAACUUCCUCAAGUCUCAAACCGCGUCGUUUGCUCUUUUGGGAGAGUAUACCAAACAAAGUGAUAUCUCACGCGCCCGAUCGUGGUUCUAUCACGGGGAGCGCAAAAUUCUUCUAUACACUGAGCGUGCUCAUUUCUUCCAUCGUUACAAGAUUCGUGGAAUUAAAGACAUAAUCUUUUACUCGCUUCCCGAGCACGCAAACUACUAUGUUGAGUUAUUGAAUCUGCUGGAGGGAAACGAAGCUCCGUCAUGCACUGUCAUAUUUUCACGUUUCGAUAAUCUUCAGUUGGAGCGUGUCGUUGGGACUUCACGAACCAAAAAAAUGCUUUCAUCCCCCAAUCGGCUUUUCAUGUUCAUGUAGAGUGUGUCAUUGUUCAACCAACCAAGAAGCUCUACAGGGUUAAAUUUGUAAAGAAUGAGGGAUCUCAAGCUCAUUGGACAAAGAUUGUACUCCUUCACAUAGGAUAGGAGAUCCGAAAUAGGAAUAGUCGAAAUCAAGUGACUCAUAGAAGCAGAUGUAUCUUUUACAUCUUCAUAUUUCACGUUAAACAUAACUUUGUUGUACGUUUCUGCUGAACGUUUUCUGUACAUUUACGCACAAUCAAUCAAGAUUGAAACUUCG